UCGCAAUCCAGCAGUUGUCGCGAUCGGAAGCAAAUCGGAAAAUCUCCCUUGGGAUCCUAAAACACACAGGCGAAGAUUUUGCUGGUUGUGUUGCGACGACGUCGACGCAUUCCAAUUGGAUUCAGAAAAUAAUUUAUUGAAAUGUUGCCCUUUCGCUUGGGCCUGCUACUUGGCGCCGUGCUUCUCGUGGCAAGCGCAAAUGGAGCUGCCCUCGAAAAAUCGCUCGCGAGUGAAGACGAGGUUUCUGGUCUAAACGACUUGCAGAGAGAAAAACGAAGUGGCAGAGGCUAUUCAAGAGGUCAAACCCAGUCUCAGUACUUAAAUUUCGGCAAACCCGAACAGGACGGAAAGGCCGAAGCGGAGGCCACCGAAAGUGGGUCUCGCUCAACUGUCUCUGGCACCCACGGAAUGGGCCAGGCCCAGAGUCAGUUCUCAUCGGGAGACUGCAAUGGAUGUUCCGGCUACCAAACGGAUUACCCCUCUUCCGGCAGAAUUCUAGAUGCUAGUGGAGCUGGUGGAGUCGGAAGACCCGGUUCUAUUAUAAGCUUACCCGGUGCAGGUGUGGACGGUGGACUGGGUGGGCAGCCAGGAUUUGGCGGUCAGCCAGGAAUCGGAGGGCAGUCAGGAAUCGGUGGACAGCCAGGAAUCGGAGUACAGCCCGGAAGUGGCACACAACAGGGUAUUGGAGGUUACUCACCCGGAUAUGGUACUCCUGGCUCUGGUAGUCAAUUUGAUAGCGGAAGACAACCAGCAACUGGGGCACCUGGAACUGGUGGAACACAACCUGGAUUUGGUGCACGCGAACAGCCAGCAUACGGAGCUCAGCCAGGGGUUGGAGUAAGCCAGACAGGAAUUAGUGGAGCUCAGCCUGGAUACGGAACUCAGCCGGGAGUUGCAGACCAGACAGGAAUAAGAGGCGGUCAGCUUGGAGUCGGCGGACCACAAGGGGUAGAAGGUGUACGUCCUGGGGAAUCAGGACUCGGCGGCGGACAGCAACAGCCCGGAUAUGGUACUCAACCAGGAACUGACGGACAAACUGGAGUCGGUAGUCAGCCAGGAGUCGUCGGACAACCAGGAUACGGAAGUCAAGCAGGAUCAGGCGGUUUCCCUGGAUCUGGAGCACAGCCAGGAGCUGGGGGACAAUCUGGAGUCGGACAACCCGGACUUGGACCUCAGCCAGGAGUGGGAGGACAAACUGGACUCGGAACUCAGCCAGGUCAACCAGGAUUCGGAACUCAAGCUGGAACAGGCAGCUUGCCCGGAUAUGGAACCCAGCCCGGACUUGGAGGAUCACCCGGAUAUGGCGCUCAGCCAGGAAGUAGUGGAGUCCAAACCGGAUACGGAACUCAGCCGGGAGUUGGCCAACAAUACGGAAGCCAGGGAGCAGUUGGUGGAACUGGAGUUGGUGGCCAGGCGGGAACUGGAGGAUCCCCCGGAUAUGGAACCCAACAGAUCGGAGUCGGGCAACCUGCAUACGGAGGUCAACCCGGACAAACAGGAGAUGGCCGGCAACCUGGUUACGGAACUCAAAGUGGAAUCGGUUUGCCCGGUUAUGGAACUCAGCCAGGAGCUGGCACGCAGACUGGAGGCGCUGGCGGACAAAUUGGAUACGGAACCCAGCCCGGUUAUGGCGCACAGCCGGGAAGUGCUGGGACCCAGACCGGAUACGGAAGUCAACCGGGAGAUCGAGUCGGACAACCCGGAUAUGGAAGCCAGGCCGAAAUUGGUGGAAGUCAACCCGGAAUUGGUGGAGUUCAACCCGGAUAUGGAGUUGAUAGUCAGACAGUCGGAGUUGGGCAGCCUGGAACACGUCCUGGAUUUACUGGAGAAUCAUUAACCAGUGGCGGACAGCCGAAAUAUGGUAGCCAACCAAUGCUAAGCGGAUCGCCUGGGUAUUUAACUCAACCUGGAUUUACUGGGCAGAUAGGAGGUCAACCAGGUAUUGGUGGAUCUCAGGACGGAUAUGGAACUCAAGUUGGAGGCACACAGCCAGGAGUUGGAGGUAGGCAACCAGGAAUUGGUGGAUCUCAACCUGGAUAUGGUGGACAGACAGGAGUUGGAGGAAGCCAACCAGGAAUAGGAGGAGCACAGCCCGGAUAUGGAACUCAACCUGGAUAUGGAACUCAACCUGGAUAUGGAGGUAGUCAACCAGGAAUUGGUGGAUCUCAACCUGGUUAUGGAACUCAACCUGGAGUUGGAGGCAUACAGCCAGGAAUUGGAGGAAGCCAACCAGGAAUUGGUGGAACUCAACCUGGAUAUGGAGCUCAACCUGGUUAUGGAACUCAACCUGGAUAUGGAACUCAACCUGGUCUUGGUGGACAGACAGGAAUAGCGGGAGCACAGACUGGAUAUGGAACUCAACCUGGAUAUGGAAAUCAACCAGGUGUUGGAGGUAGCCAACCAGGAAUUGGUGGAUCUCAACCUGGUUAUGGCACUCCUGGACAAGCAGGAAUUGGUGGAACUCAACCUGGAUAUGGAGCUCAACCUGGAUAUGGAACUCAACCUGGAUAUGGAACUCAACCUGGAAUUGCGGGUAGCCAACCAGGAAUUGGUGGAUCUCAACCUGGAGUUGGAGGAAUACAGCCAGGAGUUGGAGGAGGACAACCAAGAAUUGAUGGAACUCAACCUGGUUAUGGAACUCAACCAGGAAUAGGCGGAGCACAGCCCGGAUAUGGAACUCAACCUGGAUAUGGAACUCAAUCUGGAGUUGGAGGCACACAGCCAGGAGCUGGAGGAAGACAACCAGGAAUCGGUGGAACGCACGCUGGAUAUGGAACUCAACCUGGAGUUGGUGGACAGACAGGAGUUGCAGGAAGCCAACCAGGAGCAGGAGGAGCACAGCCCGGAUAUGGAACUCAACCUGGAGUUGGAGGCACACAGCCUGGAGUUGGAGGUAGUCAACCAGGAAUUGGUGCAUCUCAGCCUGGGUAUGGAACUCUGCCUGGAUAUGGAACUCAACCUGGAGUUGGAGGCACACAGCCUGGAGUUGCAGGUAGCCAACCAGGAAUUGGUGGAUCUCAACCUGGGUAUGGAACUCAACCUGGAUAUGGAACUCAACCUGGAGUUGGAGGAACCCAACCAGGAAUUGGUGGGUUUCAACCGGGAUAUGGAACUCAACCUGGAGUUGGAGGCAUACAGCAAGGAAUUGGAGGAGGACAACCAGGAAUUGGUGGAACUCAACCUGGAUAUGGAACUCAACCAGGAGUUGGAGGAGGUCAACCAGGAAUUGGUGGGUCUCAACCGGGAUAUGGAACUCAACCUGGAGUACAGCAAGGAAUUAGAGAAGGACAACCAGGAAUUGGUGGAACUCAACCUGGAUAUGGAACUCAACCUGGAGUUGGAGGAAGACAACCAGGAAUUGGUGGGUCUCAACCGGGAUAUGGAACUCAACCUGGAGUACAGCAAGGAAUUAGAGAAGGACAACCAGGAAUUGGUGGAACUCAACCUGGAGUUGGAGGAAGACAACCAGGAAUUGGUGGGUCUCAACCGGGAUAUGGUACUCAACCUGGAGUACAGCAAGGAAUUAGAGAAGGACAACCAGGAAUUGGUGGAACUCAACCUGGAGUUGGAGGAAGACAACCAGGAAUUGGUGGGUCUCAACCGGGAUAUGGAACUCAACCGGGAGUUGGAGGCAUACAGCAAGGAAUUGGAGGAGGACAACCAGGAAUUGGUGGAACUAAACCUGGAUAUGGAGGAACCCAACCAGGAAUUGGUGGGUCUCAAACGGGAUAUGGAACUCAACCUGGAGUUGGAGGCAUACAGCAUGGAAUUGGAGGAGGACAACCAGGAAUUGGUGGAACUCAACCUGGUUAUGGAACUCAACCUGGAGUUGGAGGAGGCCAACCAGGAAUUGGUGGGUCUCAACCGGGAUAUGGAGCUCAACCGGGAUAUGGAACUCAACCGGGAGUUGGAACUCAACCGGGAGUUGGAACUCAACCGGGAGUUGGAGGCAUACAGCAAGGAAUUGGAGGAGGACAACCAGGAAUUGGUGGAACUCAACCUGGAUAUGGAACUCAACCUGGAUAUGGAAGUCAACCUGGAGUUGGAGGAAGCCAACCAGGAAUUGGCGGAGCACAAACUCAACCCGGAUACGGAACUGUGCCCGGAUACGGUGGACAGACGGGAGUUGGAGUCGGGCAAUCUGGACAGACAGGUGUUGGUGUCGGACAACCCGGCUACGGAAUUCAAACUGGAGUUGGCGGAACGGGAGGACGCUAUACAGCUGGCACUGGAGUUUCUCCUGGAGUUGGUGGUGUUGGAAGCGCUGGUGGAGAUGGCGUUCCCGCUGCUGCAGGGACCGGUGGAGCUGACGACGCCUUCUCCCAGGCUGAGUCUUCUAUUGGCGACGGACAAGCCUCGGCAAGUGCUCAGGGCAAGAAGAACGGAGGCACGGCCAAGACCCAGGUGUCUGGAACCUAUAGUGCGGGCGGAACAUUCAGCGCCAGUGCGAUGACCUCGGAUGCGGAUCGCGCAGCUAGCGCUCAGGUGACCGGAACAGCCGAUGGCGCCGUGAGCCAGGCCCAGGGAUCAGGGGGUCCUGCCCAGUCACAGGCUCAGGUGCAAUCGGCUAAGGACGGCGGCACUAAGGCCUCCUCACAGAGCGGUGGCAUCGUCCAACAGAGCCAGAGCGAGGUCCAUGCCAAUGACAAGGGCGGACUGGCGGACGCCCAGUCGAGCGGGCCUGGACAGACCUCGUCCCAAGCACAGAUCGGUUUCCGUCCCGGCCAGGAAGCUAAUCCGCCAACGUCCAAUAACGGCGGUCAGGCCUCGUCCUCAUCAGGCGCCCACUCUAGUCAGAGUAGUUCGCAAAUUCACGGAACUUCCAGCUUUGGCGUUUCGUACCAAGGUGCUGCACAAUCCGCUUCGGGAACCAAGGAGGAGGUGGCAAGUUACAGGGACAAAAAUCGCGAACUCUUCAACACCAUCAGUCAGUUCGGCAAUAAUGGCAAUGCAGUUACUGAUCGUACUGAUGCUGUCUAUAGUGGACCUGCCCUCACUGAUGACUCCGAGAGGCAGCCUGAAUUGCAGCUGAAGUCGACCAAGCCCAAAGAAGAAUCUGACAAGCCAGAAAGGAAACCAGACCAGCAGGAGCCCGCUCAGUACGACGAUGACGAUGAAGCGGAUCCGGAUGAAUACGAUGAUGAUGAGUAUUACAACGAGAAGCCAAUCAAGCUGGAGGAAAGCCCCAAAUCAGUGAGCAGUGUUAAGCAACCAGAGCCAACUCCAGAGCCCAAGGUCUACAUACAGACUACGCAGAAGGCGGUGGUUCUACCGGUGGUGGUGCAAAAGCAGAACAGCAAGGCUAUCAAUUCUGAGCCCUCAACCACCGAGGUCAUUCCACCAGGAUUCCGAGGCACCGUCAAUGUGCAAAAGAAGUUCCACACCAAGGCCUUGGAGCUGCCCAGUCCCAAGAGGGUGGAGAUUUCAGCAGACACAGCUGAAGAGGGCCCCAUUCGCGGUGACAAGCCCAUCGCACGGGCUCCAGACAGCUAUGUCACCGUCACCAAGUCGGUGACUGGCAGCAUGGACAACAGCAAGAACCCGCCGCAGGAGAACAAGAACUUCCAGUCCACAUAUUUUACCAAAACCUCGACAUGCGGCUACUUCACCUUCUCCUGCAACAUUGUUUACGGUGCGAACGGCAGGAGCAAAAUCUGCCAUAAGAAGACACCCACCAACGGCAAAUGCUAGGGGAUCAUAUACCACAUCCCCUUACCCAUCCAUAUUAUAGUAGAUCAGUUCCAAAGGGGCUCAAUUAUAGAACAGCUUAGCCAACCGCCAUAUACAAAUACCUAUUUGAGUUCUGAUGCAGCUUGGUCUUCAGCAUUUAAGUGUUUUUUGCAAAUAAUUUUAGAGUUUUACUGCCAUUUCUUAAAUAUUUUGUACGUUUUGCAACUGUAAUUAAUAUUUAACAACAAACCACAAAAAAUAAAGUCAUUUGCUUGAUUUAUUUUACCGAA